AUGAUUCUCGGCGUCAUAAUCGGAGAGUUUGCUCCCAACGUCCAAUCCGCCUUCGACACCGUCAAGCUACAUAACGUAUCUGCUCCCAUUGCCAUUGGUCUCAUCGCCAUGAUGUGGCCCAUCCUGACUAAAGUUCAAUACGAAUGUCUACCCGCAAUGUUCUCCUCUCGUCGCCUCUGGAUUCAUGUCGGCAUCUCUCUCAUUUUAAAUUGGAUAAUUGGCCCUCUCGUGAUGCUCGCUGUAGCAUGGGCCACACUGCCCGACCUUCCAACGUACCGCACCGGCGUCAUUAUGGUCGGCCUGGCUCGAUGCAUCGCUAUGGUCAUGAUCUGGAAUCAGAUGGCUCGGGGGGACCAUGACUAUUGUGCCAUCCUAGUCAUUAUCAACUCCGUCCUUCAAAUUAUUCUGUACUCUCCGUAUGCCGUGCUUUUCAUCAAUAUCAUUGGGAACACGGCAGAGUCGUCUGCUAUUCACGUCUCUUAUGGUAACGUUGCGAUCUCGGUCCUUAUCUAUCUUGGCAUUCCGUUACUCGCCGGCAUUCUUACUCGCUUUAUCGUGUGGUUCCUUUUCUCCAAGAACUUCCUCCUCACCACCUUUCUCCCAUAUUUUGGGCCACUCUCACUUCUCGGCCUCCUUUACACCAUCAUCGUCAUGUUCGCAUAUCAGGGCCACCACAUCCUGCACAACCUCGGUCCAGUAUUCCGGACGAUCGUGCCCCUGUUGCUUUACUUCCUAAUCAUGUGGACCUUUGCGUUUUGGAUGAUGCACCGUCUGAGUGUCAGGGGUGGAAGGUCGAGCGAGCACUUUGGGUACGAGAUCACCGUGGUACAGUCGUUUACGGCUGGAAGUAACAAUUUCGAACUCGCGAUUGCGGUAGCCAUUGCCGUCUACGGCGUCGACUCGGACCAGGCCCUCGCAGCCACUAUUGGACCUCUGGUCGAAGUGCCCGUUUUACUGGCCUUGACAUGGGUAUCGCUGUAUCUCCAGCAAAAAUUGAGUUGGGGGCCAUCAGCUGCUGUGGAGAGCAUGACUGGUGACUCGGACGAGAAGAACGGGCGCGGCGACGUCGUUUGA